AUGUGGACUUCUUCCUCGGGUGUGCCACAUCAUCAUUAUGAGGAGCGAGAAGAGGGAGAGGAUGGUGGGCUGCAGUACUCGCAAGGCGAGGCGGAGAUGGAGCUCGAGUUGCUGAUUUGGGAUAUGAUUGCUUUGCCAAGUGUUCCCAUGGAGGUUUCAGCUCGGGAGGACAAGCAGGGGCAGGUUAGCAUGGAGAUAGAUGAUGAAGAUUCUAUCGGACUUGGGGAGGGAGAGUAUUGGGAUGGAGGGGGAGAGGAGUACACAGGUGAGGGUGACGGAGAGUAUGAGGAGCGAUAUGAGGAUGAGGGGUGUGAAGGAGAAGAGCAGUAUGAGGGUGAGGAGCAGUACAUAUUUGCUGGUUCAGAUUAUCCGUCAAUCUGGGGCACCUGGACUAGUCGCCAUACAUUCUGCGAGGAAUAA